AUGCCACAAUGCGUUCUUUGCUUAAGAAUGAUAGGUUUCGCUAUGGAUUUCAUGGAUGGUGAAAAAUUAUUAAAGUCCAAACCACCUGUUAAUGCCAAGGAAAAUAUCACUAAUACUAACGAAAAGAGCAUUGAUACAAAGAAAGAUUUACAACAAACUGAUUCUUCAAUUAAUACGCGUCCACCGAAACAACCAAUCUCAUUCGAAAAGAAUGUUCAAAUAGCAACAUUACCACCUUUAAUUGAAACUAUUGGAUAUGCUAAUUUCUUUGGUGCUUUCCUCAUUGGUCCACAAUUCUCUUUUCAUCUUUAUCGAAAAUUUAUUACUAUGUCAUUAUACCCUGAUCCUAUAAAUGUUCCUCGAGGGUCUUAUUGGUUUGCAUUGAAAAGUUUCUUACUUGGUGCGUUAUAUUUAGGUGUACAACAAGUUGGUUCUGGAUAUUUUCCACAAGCCUAUUUGUUAACUGCUGAAUAUGCUGCUAAACCUUUUAUUCAUAAAUUAAUAAUAAUGUGGUGGACUGGAAAAUUUAUUCUUUCAAAAUAUCUUGGAGUCUGGACAUUAUCUGAAGGCGCAUGCAUUCUGUCAGGCAUUUCUUUUAAUGGUUACGACGAUAAUGGAAAUCCAGAAUGGAAUGGUUUAUCAAACAUUGAAAAGGUAACGAACAAAGCUGAAAAACGAUGGGCAAAAAGAUUUGAAAAAUAUACUAAACCAUUAUAUCUUCCUCAAAAUAAUUCUAAUUCUAAGAUUAUGUUUGGAAGAUAUUUACAUCAAUUUAUUGGUUGGUUGGGUCAAACUUGUGGAUUACAUUAUGCUAUCAUUUCAUUUGGUUUAUUGAGAUGGGAUUAUGUCGUUUCUGCUUAUAAUUCCGUAUAUUGGAUAGGUCAUUUGGUAGUUUUCGGUUUGUUGUUGCUUGAUCUCAUCUUACCAAAACCAAAAGUUAAAAAAGUCGCUAAGGCCGAUAAAGAAACUAAUGGUACCACUAAGGUUGAUAAAAACAUUGAUAGGAUUAAUGGGUGA